CUGCACUGCGUAUAGUAUCCAGCAUCUCAUUUGCUACCAGAUUUUUGUUCGAUGCUGCAAGAUAUAGAACAACCCAUAAAAAUCGCAGAAGAUACCGGUAUCAAGAUCGCCCUAAUUGUUACUCAAAUAGUUAGGGUCACGCGUUUUCUUAUUAAGGUCAAGGAUCUCGCAAAUGUUCUCAAUUUUCUAUCCCUUUCGUAGUGUUACCGGUGUUACGGUAUCAGCUGAUUCUCUCGUUUCGUUGUGGGCAUGUUUGGGUGUCUGCCUGAGAUUACUCGAUCGCACAGCAGCCGACAGGACAGCCAGACACACCAGAUAAAAAGAAUUUUAUCUUAUGACGGUACAGCAGUAUGGGACUGUAGAAUCUUUUUCGGAAGUUGCUAAUUUCUGAAGUAUUUUAAUUGCUCUAAACCCCAGUCUGCAGCCCGGGUACGGUACUGCAGUACCGGUACCUACUGAACUACAGAAUUUGCAAAACUGCAAAAGCACCAACGUCAUGGCGACUGGAUAUAAAAAACAAACACCAGGACAAAGAAAACAUAUUCCAUGUAUUCUGAAUACAUUAAUGAAUAUUUUCAAACACAAACAAUUUAGAAGCGACUUACAGAGGAAUGCGAUUGAAACAAUUUGUAAAGGAAAUCAAGAUGCAUUUGUUUCCAUGCCAACAGGAGCAGGGAAGUCGUUAUGUUUUCAGUUACCUGCUAUUUAUCUGGGUGGAGUCACCAUAGUAAUAUCACCUUUGAUUGCUCUAAUGCAAGAUCAACUGGAACAUAUGAGGAAGUUGAAAAUUCCAGCGGAAACACUCAAUUCUAAACAAACUCAGGCUGAUAGGAAAAAAACAAUGGCUGACCUAAUGAGUGAUUCCCCGAAAACCCGCUUGCUUUAUAUAACACCUGAGCAAGCAAAUACAACAACAUUUCUUGAUAUUAUAAAGCAUUUGAAAAUUAAAAAACAAUUAUCAUUAUUCGUGAUUGAUGAAGCUCAUUGUGUAUCCCAUUGGGGUCAUGACUUCAGACCAGAUUAUAUGAAGCUUGGAUCACUUAGAUCAAAACUAGGAGAUGUUCCUUUUAUUGCAUUGACUGCAACUGCUUCUCCAAAAGUUGAAAAAGAUAUCAUAAGUUCACUGCAGUUGCGGAAACCUCUUGCUACUUUUAAAAGUGGAGUGUUCAGACCAAAUUUAUUUUAUUCGCUAAAAUAUAAAGACAUUCUGAAAGAUCCAUAUUUGGAUUUGAAGACUUUAGCACUCAAGGCAAUGGGACCAAAAUCUUUUGAUGGAACUCAUGAAGGAUGUGGAAUUGUGUAUUGUCAUAAAAGAGAUGAUUGUACAUUAGUUGCUGGGCAACUCCUACGCAGAGGACUCAUGGCUAGAGCGUAUCACGCAGGUCUUAAAGACAAAGAUAGAACACAAGUACAAGAAGAUUGGAUGAAUGGAAAAAUAUCAAUCAUUGUUGCAACUAUUAGUUUUGGAAUGGGUGUUGACAAGGCUAAUGUUAGAUUUGUUGCACACUGGACAAUGCCAAAAUCAAUGGCAAAUUAUUAUCAAGAAUCAGGUAGAGCAGGAAGAGAUAAUAAAACUGCAUAUUGUUGUUUGUACUAUUCCAGAAAAGAUCGAGAUCUGAUGUCUUUUCUGAUGCGAAAUGAAGUCCAGAGAAAAAAAAAUAAGUUAGGAGACUCAGCAUACAAAAGAUACUCUGCUACUGUGACAGGACAUUUCCAAUCGAUGGUUAAAUAUUGUGAAAAUAUCAAUUGUCGCCAUGAAUCGAUUUCACUAUUCUUUGGCAAUAAAGCACCUGAAUGUAAUUCUAUGUGUGAUCAUUGUCAUGAUUUGAAAGCAUUCAAGAAACAUCAUGAUGAUUUUCAAAAGACACAAUUAUCCAGUGUUGGUCGUACUCGCAUGGGGGAAAAAACUGAAAAAAUCGCAUGUCCUACAGGAAAUUUUGAUCCAGAAUUGUAUGCAGGAGGAAAGAAAGGAUUUGGCUUUGAUAGAACAGUAGAAGAUGACUGGGGAGAAGGAGGUUCUGGAGGUGGCAGUAAUGAUAUUACUUCAAAGGAUUGGUCUGAAUUUUUCAAAGAACAGUUUUCCAUGAGAAAGAGCGCUACACAAACCAAAACUCAAAGGAAACGUUCCAAAGAAUCUGAUGAAGACUGGCCUGAUGAUUGUCCACUGAUUAAACCAGAAAGCAACAGACUUCCGAAAUGUACCUGGAAGAUUAGGAAAGGAUGUUACGACAGACUUCACGUUACUUUGACGAGUAAUUACCAAGCAACUCAAGGAAAGUCUGAUGCAAGUGAUUGGGAAUCUCAUUGUGCUGCAGCAGAUCUGGAAUUUGAAAUAUUUUCAACUGCUAAAAAUUUGAUGAUUUAUCGAGCUCAUGUUGUAAGAAAAGUAAAUGAAAUUAGAAAGAUGACAACAGAAAAGAAAUUACACGAACAAUUUGAAAAGUCUAAAAACGGUGAUUCCAAGUCCAGAUCAAAACAGUCUUGUGACUCUGAAAAGGAAGAUUUCCAGCAAUCAACUACUCUAAAACGUAAAAGAGCAAGUCAUAUGUAUUCUCUCUGUGGUGUGGAUAACCCAACAGGAGAUGCUUUUCAAACUGCUGCUAAUUUGCUAAAGGAUAACAAGAUGAAUCAGGAAGAAAAUUCUACAUUAGAAAAAUCUGCUAAAUGUGAACCACCAUUGAAGAAAACAGCUAUCACUUUUGAUGAUAAGGUGCAAUGCAAAUCCAUCGAGAGAUAUAUCAAGCCCAAUACAUCGUACAAAAAAUCUUCAAAAAAACUAACUAAAUCGAACCAAAAUAAGUGUGAUACUGUGAAAAUAGCAGAAGCUCAACAAAAUGUUGCUAAAGAUGAGUCAGAACCGCCUUCUAAGAAACGUUUGUCAUCUUCUGAAAAGCCAACUCAAACACAGAAAACAGCAAUUUUAAAAACAUGUGAUAAAAAAUCAGAUGUAAGCAACAAUGAGAAAAAAUUCAGCAUCAGAGAUUGGUUCAACAGUUCUUCAGCUAAAAAACACGAAGUCUCUAAUAAAUCAGAAACGAAGGAAAUUGUAGAUCUUACACUUUCUGAUUCAGAUGACUCAGAUGAAGAGGAACGAUUAUUUGGAAGAUCCACUCCAAGUCCUGUGAGUCCCAUUAAUAUAAAAACGGAAAAACCUGAUAAAUUGAAAAUCCGAGAAAUUGAAAAAAUGAGUGAUAGUAGCUCUGAAGAUGAGAGUGAUGAUGGCCCUGUUAUCGUGUCAGCGUACAAUCGGUACCAAACUGGGCCUCUGAUCGAUUUGUCAGACUCUGAAGAUGAAAUUGAAAAAUCUCAGUCAGAAGAAACAGAUAAUUUAUUUACUGGAAUUACAUCACUGGAUAAAAUGUCUUCUGCCUCUAAUGAGGAUAGGACACCUGAAAGGGAUACACCUUCAUUUCUGAAGUGUUCUGAUAGUAAGGAGCUUGAAAACAAUAAAAGUAAAAGUGAUAAGACUAUAUUUGAACAGAUUUUAAAUGGUGAUGAUAAAGAUUUGCAGUUUAGCACAUCGUUUGUGUCCAAAUCUGAGGAUUCUUCAAGUGAUCCGAUUGAUUCAUCAAAUGUCACGCAACCUCUUUCCCAACAACGGAAGACGUCAAGUGAAAAAUCUGAGCAGAUCAUCAAUAUCACCUCAGAAAAUGUGAGCCAAAUAUCGCCAUGCAGCUUUGUUUCUACCUCUGAUGAUCUAACAACCCCAUUUGUGAGGCCAGUUUCUGGUGAUGAGCCUAAAGCGACAAUAGUUACUACAUCUUCGAAUGAUAAAUUGAAAAUACAUCCCUUUAAUGACCAGCUGACACCGAAGGUUGAAUCAGAAGUAAACAAUGAUUCACAUCCUCAUUCCCUUCACACACAGCAAGAGGAUUCAAAAAAGUUCAAUUUUAAAAGAGAACUGAAUAAUAACACAGAAAGAGUUGCAAUAAAAAGUGAAUCUCCAGUUUCUGACACUACCAUUAAUAAGCCCUCUGAUGCCAAAACUAGGUUCAAUCUGACAGUUAGUCUUGAAUGCGGACAACAAAAUCAAGAAACUGCUGUUGCGUCAUUUCGUAAAGCAAGUAAAGAAAUUCUCAAAAUCGUUGAUGGGUUACCCGCCUUAAAAGCAAUCUGUGAAACAUCAUCAACGAAUGUUUUUCAAGAUGUUGGUAACAGAAACGAUUCAUCGCCUUUGCUUAAAGUGCUUGAGCAACCUGAACCACGCGAAGACUUGUCGUUCCAUGACAAAGAUGAUCGCUUAUUAUACAAUUUGCCAAUGAAGCAGUUAGACAGCAAGGUUGAUGAGCAGAGCAAACCUAAGAAUGUUCCAGAAAUAAAGAAUGACAAAAGAUUGAAAGAAAUUUCUGAUAUUGUCAUCAGAUAUCUUUCACCUUUUUAUAAGAGAGGGUUCAUCAAAAAUAAAGAUUUGUUCAAAAGUUUUGCAAAGAAAUUAACAAAUUUAAUGUUGAUGGAAGCCUCAAUGGUUGAAAAAGAUGAAAAAAAAAUCGCAAGAGAUAUUGUUGACAACUUUUUCAAGCAUUGCACGAAGCUUAAAUCCGAAAAUGAUUUGGUCAAAUUGGAAAACAUUUUCAAAAAUUUCAUGAAGAGUUAUGGAUAAAGCAUUAUCUAUGUUUUCAACUUACCGCCGUUAUUUUUGUAGCCAUAUCAAUAGUGAAUAUAUACAACAUUAAUCCAUUAAGCUAUUAAUUAAUUGUCCAGUAGUCGCACACACAAAAAUUUCGUUUAUUGAUCUUGUGGCAUACGUUGUUCGCUUUGCACAAGCUCAGAUAUUGGCAUUGUAACGCAAAGGAAUUAGAAUUACUCACACAUUCUAGAUUAAAUUAAAAACUCGUUUCGCUGGCCGCGCAUCAUUCAAAAUUGGCGCUUCCCUGCGGGCCGCACAAGUUUUCCUUGUGGGUGCAGGUUGCACACCCUCGUGGUACAACAUAGGUUUAGUGGCAGCAGCAUGUAGAGCUAUUGAGAAAUUAUUUUCACCUUAACUCGCUAAUCCCAGUUUUUCCAUAAUGCCACAUUUAGGUGAGUAACAAUAAUUAAAGUCCCCAAACCGUUGUCAAGAAGCUUGUUCUCACUAUAUGUAGGAAGAAAAUAUUCAAUGUACCACUGUCAGUAUAUUUUCACUUCUAAACUCUACCACAAUGGUGCCUUAUUGUUUUUAAAUAUUGAUCACUGGUAUUUAGUUCUGGUAAGUGGCAAAGCUGGUUAAAUUUUAAAUUAGUGAAUAAUACACUGCCAAGUGCCAAAAAAAAUUCGUUUUAAAAAAAUUGGCCUGUAGGUCAAGGACAGUUUGUAAAAUGAGAUAUUUUCUGUAGUUUUUGCAAUUCAAUUUUUGUUAUUUAUUAAGCUAACGGUGUUAUAGCCAUACUCCAUACUUGACCACUUUUUACUGGGUAAGAUAGUUUCUUUCAUUUCUUGAUUCAAGUUAAUUCUUCUAUUUAUAUGAUGAAUAUAACACUCUUUAUUUUUCACUGUGCUUUUAGUUAUUAUAUAUUGGCAAUAUUUUUAUGUUCUGCUUCUUGAAUUAAUUAUAUUUUCGCGUGUGCGGAAUGGAUAAAGGUUACGAUUUUUGGUGAAGCAGGGUUUUAUUUGGUAAUUUUUAUUCCAUGCUUCCACAUAUUUGCUUUUUUGAAAAUUAAAGGAAUUUCAGUCGAUUA